AUGUUGGAGGCGGUUGGCCAAUUUGGACGUGAGGCACCACCUCCAACUAGAUAUGAGAUGGGAGAAACAUAUUUAAAGAAAGAAGUAGAAAGAACAAUAAAUUUGUUGACACCAUACAAAGACGAAUGGAAAUCUAAUGGAUGCUCGAUUAUGAUGGAUGCAUGGUCCGAUAGAAAGAGAAGGGGUAUCAUGAACUUAUGUGUUAAUUCAAAAACGGGGACCGUUUUUUUGUCAUCUAAAGAAUCAUCGGAUGAAGCUCACACAAGUGAACACAUACAUGAGUAUGUUGAAAGUUGCAUCAAAGAAGUUGGCCCCGAGAAUGUGGUUCAAAUUGUGACCGACAAUGCAUCAAAUAAUAUGGGAGCGGCCAAGUUGUUAAAGGAAAAAAGACCAACUAUUUUUUGGACAUCUUGUGCAACACAUACCCUCAAUCUUAUGCUUGAAGGUAUUGGUGGGCUACCUAGGUAUAAGAAAAUUCUCAACCAUGCAAAAACACUCACAGUGUUUAUUUAUGCUCAUCAUAAAACUUUGUCCAUGAUGAGACACUUUACCAAGAAAAGAGAUAUUGUGCGACCGGGAGUCACGAGAUUUGCUUCCGCAUUUCUUACUUUGCAAAGUUUGGCCGAUAAAAAGGCCCAACUAAAACAAAUGUUUACAAGAGAUGAAUGGGAAUCAUGUAGACUUAGCAACACCGUUAAAGGGAAAGCCGCAUAUGACACGCUGGUAAAUGCCACAUUUUGGACCGGUGUAGCAUUAUGUUUAAAGGUUUUUGCCCCUUUGGUCAAAGUUCUUCAGAUGGUUGAUGCGGAUCAAAAGCCAUCAAUCGCAUGGUUUUGUAUAUGGCUUGAUACAACCCUACAUUUGACGGCUUACCUUUUAAAUCCAUAUUAUCUUUAUAAGAAUCCGGAGAUCCAAAAUGAUAUUGAUGUGACCGAUGCGAUUGUUGAUUUUCUCGAUACAAUAUAUCCGGGAGAUCAUUCUUUGCAAAACCAUAUUGUGAUGGUUGAGUUGUCGGUUUACAUGGCGAAUUGGUGGGUAGCUUAUGGUGCCUCAACUCCACAAUUGAGAAAGAUUGCUACAAGGAUACUUUCUUUAACAACUAGUUCUUCGGGGUGUGAAAGAAAUUGGAGCACUUUUGAAGGGGUACAUACAAAGAAAAGAAAUAGAUUAGAGACGUCAAAAUUGAACAAUCUUGUUUUUGUUCAAUUUAAUGCAAAUUUGAUGGAAAAUAACAAGAAAAGGAAGACUAAGGAUAUGGAAGUACUUUCAGCAAAAGAUGAAAGUGAGGCUCAAGAAUGGAUUGUCGAAAAUGAUGUAUUGUUGGAUGAAGUAGAGCCCGAUGAAGCUAUGGGUGACGAGGAGUUUUUACAAAAUCGUAGAAGUUCUAGAUUGAGAGAACUUGAUGAGGAAGAAUUAGUGUCGGAGGAUGAGGAAGAACUAAAUGAAGAUGUUGAAUAUGAAUCGGAUGGAGUUAACAUCAACGAUCAAAUGGGAGCUACAUUGGAAGAGGAAGAUUAA